UACUAAGUAUAAGAAAAGGAGGGGAGAAUACUCUAGGUACAUAACGUUUUGACAUCUUACAUUUAACUUUUAUUUUUACGUUUGCAUUUAUACUAACCUGGCGAGUUUCGAAACGAAUAAAAAACAAAAAAGAAAGAUAGAAAGAUAUAUUUCCGGGCUUUGUUUGUGGGAAUUGAACUCACAAGUCGAUUGGCGGAAGGACUGGUUUAAUCGAUUGAGUUCUGUCGAUUUUUUUUAAUAAAAAAAUCCUGAGCUUAGGGUUUUUCUUAGCACGGCGUGUUGCAUAGCAUAGGUACGCAUAUACAUACAUACAUACGUAUACGCAUGCACGCACAGAUAUACAGAAAGAAUUCUCACUCGUGUCUACGAGAAUACGGUUGAAGCUCACCAGGGUCAGGAAUUUCUCAUUUUUAAGAAAAGAGUAAUUCUUCCUUUCUUAGAAAGAGAGGCAGAAGGGGGAAAACCGUAACAGCAGAGAAGUGAGGGAAAAGAGAAAAGAAAAGAAAAAUAAAAGAAAAAUAAAAGGAGAGCAAAAGAUGCGGGCGGAACCCAACAUCAUCAUCACGGGCACGCCGGGCGUGGGCAAGACGACGCACGCGGAGGCGCUGGCGGAGAGGACGGGGCUGAGGCACGUGUCGGUCAACGAGGUGGUGAAGGAUAAGGGGUGUCACGAGGGGUGGGACGAGGAGUUUAAGAGCUGGAUCGUCGAUGAGGAUAAGCUCCUCGACGCGCUGGAAGAAGAUAACGUCAAGGCCGGCGGGUGCAUCAUAGACUGGCACGGGUGCGAGAUCUUCCCCGAGAGCUGGAUCGAUCUGGUGGUCGUGUUGCGAGUGGACUCUAGCACGCUAUACGACCGAUUAUCCGCGAGGAAAUACCCCGAAGCCAAACUGCAAGAAAACCUGGACUCGGAGAUCAUGGAGGUGCUGCUGCAGGAGGCGCGGGACAGCUACGACGAGCAGAUGGUGGUGGAGCUUACGAGCAAUUCGACCGACGAGAUGGAUAGCAACGUCGAUCGCAUCGAGGCGUGGAUUAAGCAGUGGAAGCAAGAUCAGGCUGGGGAUGGAGAAGAGUGAAAAGGGGGGUGGGUGGAUGGAUGGAUAGAUUUCCAUUAGUCUAACUACGCACCUAAGUCUAGUUUGUGGACGUCAUGAGAUACCCGUUGUUCAUAAAACUACCUAACCUAACCUAAGGUAACCUACCUGCUCAUUG